CACUUCACCGUCUUUGGUCGAGACUGGAAUGGUUGCUGCCUCCGACGCUGGCACACAACGCGACGCAAACGCUCACAGUGAGACGAACGUCCACGGCCUCCCGUGUUUUAUCGUUGCCACGCACGAUUGCACGAAGAAGGUGUCUAAAAGGGGGCGUAGGUAAAAGUCAGCGACACAGCUGCAACGGCACACGAGAACGGACGCCACGACCGCGAAGAGCUGAAACGACGCGCUGUGGUCUGCCGAUCCUUUAGAGAUUCGUUGGAUUGGUGCGCCUCAAGCCUUUCUGCGCUGUCUCCAUGUUUGGUUUUGUGACUUUCAACUAACAAGACACUCUUGGACCAGGCACAAAUACCUCACCCACGAAAGUGUGUCUUGCUCUUGCUGCAAACAUCCAGAGCACUGCUUUAAUGAAGAAACAGACCUGCUAACAAUCUUUCGGAAGGGGACCCUUCAGAACAAGUAUGGGGUCACCAUGGAAACCACUUCUCCUGCUGUCAAUUUUCAGCGGCCUGGCAGAUCUCGCCAGAUCGGUUGCCGGGCGACCUGUGCCAUACGCCGCCGUGCUGCGGAUGAAGCCAGACAGCUCCUCCUCCUCCGCGCUGAGCCCCCGGGCGAGGGCACGGCAGGGCCGUGGGGGCGUGGCCUCCUUCAUACAAGACUGGCCUCCCUUCUCCAGGGUGGGGCUGUCGGCCCUCGGCUCCCAGGAGGACUACCGCAGCGAAGAAAGCGAAGAGUUUGGGCCUGUGUUCGUCCAGGAGCCGGAUGACGUCAUUUUUGCCCUGGACUCCGACGAUAAGAAAGUCACGCUGAGCUGUGAAGCGAGAGGAAGUCCUGCUCCCACAUACAGCUGGCUGAUCAACAGGACACACAUAGAUGUAGAGGCCGAUAUCCACUACAGUUUGAUCGGCGGCAACUUAGUAAUACACAACGCCAGCGAGGCCGUUGAUUUUGGCAGAUACCAGUGCAGAGCUGAGAACAGCGUCGGCGCCGUCCUCAGUCGAGAAGCCCUCCUGCAGUUUGCCUAUCUGGGUGUUUUUAGCAGUCGACCGAGAGGAGGUGUGUCAGUGAGGGAAGGUCAGGGAGUAGUACUCAUGUGCACUCCUCCUCCUCAUUCAGCAGAGAUAAUCUACAGCUGGGUGUUUAACGAGUUCCCGUCGUUCGUGGCGGAGGACAGCCGACGCUUCAUCUCGCAGGAGACGGGCAACCUGUACAUCUCCAAGGUGCAGCCCUCGGACGUGGGCAGCUACAUCUGCCUGGUGAAGAACACGGUGACCAGCACCAGGGUCCUGAGCCCGCCCACACCGCUCACACUCAAAACCGACGGUAUAAUGGGGGAAUACGAGCCUAAAAUCGAGGUGCAUUUCCCACCGACAGUCCUGGCUGCUAAAGGAGUGACAGUGCGACUAGAAUGUUUUGCCCUCGGAAACCCCGUCCCGACCAUCACCUGGAGGAAGAUCAACGGGAACAUCCCGAAAAAGGCCCGGCUGCGGAAGUCCCAGGCCGUGCUGGAGAUCCCCAGCGUCCAGCUGGAGGACUCGGGCAGCUACGAGUGCAAGGCGGAGAACUCGCGGGGAGGCACCACCUUCCGGGGACACCUGCAGGUGUACACCAUGCCCCUCUGGAUCAGUAUGAUAAAUGACUCUCAGUUGGACAGUGGAGAGCAGUUACAGUGGGAGUGCAGGGCCACUGGGAAACCCAGACCCACCUACCGCUGGCUCCGCAAUGGAGAACCACUGACCCCGCAGACCAGAGUGGGGGUCCUGAACGGGGAGCUGCAGAUCCGCAAGGUGCAGCCCGCCGACAGCGGCAUGUACCAGUGCGUCGCCGAGAACAAGUACGGCUCCGUCUACUCCAGCGCCGAGCUGAAAAUUCUGGCAUCAGCACCGGUGUUCAGCGCUAACCCAGUGACCACCAUCGCCACUGUGGGCAAAGAGGUUUCUCUGGAGUGCCGACCCCGAGCAUCGCCCAAGCCCAGGAUCACAUGGAAGAAAGGGGAGAGGAGAAUCCAGGCCAGCAGGAGAAUCUCAGUGCUGAGGAACAACACGCUUCGGAUUUCCAACUCGAGCCGUGCAGACGAGGGCAGCUACACAUGCCGGGCUGAGAACCAGUUCGGAUCGGCUGAGCUGAUGACCGUGCUGCUGGUGAAAGAGGCCAUGAGGGUGGAGCUGAUCCCGCGGCGGGUGGAGGUGACAGUGGGCGAGAGUGUGGUGCUCAGCUGCAAGGCCUCGCACGACCCCUCGCUCGACGUCUCCUUCCAGUGGCUACUCAACAACCGGCCGCUGGACGCCGAGCAAGACGGCGGCCACUUGGAGUACAUCCAGACACAGGCCUCCACUGCAGACCUGAUGAUCAGAAGCAUACUGCUCAAGCAUGCUGGGAAAUAUGGCUGCCGGGUGCAGACCAGCGCCGACACCGUGUUCGCCGAAGCCGAGCUGCUGGUGAGAGGCCCUCCAGGACCUCCUGGAGUGGUGAUCGUGGAGGAGAUCACGGACACCGUGGCGACGCUGUCCUGGAGUCACGGGGUGGACAACCACAGUCCCGUCAGCACUUAUAAUGUGCAGGCUCGAAGUCCCUUUUCCCUGGGCUGGCAGACAGUCAAAACAGAUCCGGAGCACGUGACCGGCGACAUGGAGUCUUCCACGGCCGUGGAGCUCAACCCCUGGGUGGAGUACGAGUUUCGGGUGGUAGCCACCAACGCUAUCGGCACAGGAGACCCCAGCUCCCCGUCCAGGGCAGUGCGGACAAAAGAAGCAGUUCCAUCAGUAGCUCCAGCCAACGUGAGCGGUGGGAGCGGGCGCAGACAUGAGCUCGUGAUAUCCUGGGAGCCGGUUUCCGAGGAGUUCCAGAACGGAGAGGGCUUCGGCUACAUUGUGGCCUUCCGAGCCAAUGGGACGCGCGGUUGGAAGGAGAAGAUGGUGACGUCAGCAGACUCCACCACCUAUAAGUACAGGGACGAGACGUUCCCUCCCCUCACGCCGUUCGAGGUGAAGGUGGGAGUGUAUAACAACAAAGGAGACGGUCCCUUCAGUCAAGUGGUGACGGUUUUCUCUGCAGAAGGAGAGCCCCGGGAAGCGCCCAUCGAGGUGAAGCUGUCAGCCAUGUCCUCAUCUGAGAUCAAGGUUACGUGGAAGGCGCCCAACCCUGGCCCUGGAAGACCACAGGGGUAUGAGGUGAGCUACUGGAAGACGUCGGAGCAGGAGGAGAUGGGAAAGAAGACGAGGACGGUGGGGAACGAGACCACCGUCCUGCUGUCCGGCCUGGAAGGCAACACGCCCUAUCUGAUCGCAGUGAAGGGGUUCAACAGCAUUGGCCAGAGCCCAGCCAGCUCGCCUGUGCAAGCCACCACGCGGAAGAACCCUCCCAGCCAUCCACCAAGCAACGUGAUGUGGAUUCAGGAGGGAAACAAUGUGUCUUUAUCCUGGGAUCCAGUGAAGGCGAUGGACAACGAGUCUGAUGUUAUCGGAUACAAGGUCCUGUUGCGUCAGGAGGGUCGAGGUCACAGCCAGGUAAUGAGGACCCCGAACUCGGCGGCUGUGCUCACGCUGCCUGAAGGAGGCACAUACAUCAUCGAGGUGCGCGCAGUGAGCGAGGGCGGCGAGGGAGCUGCCAGUUCCCAAAUCCGAGUGCUUACCUCCUCAGGUGUACGGGCCAAGAGCGCUCAGUCCAGUCUGCACAGUCUGCCGUCAGGCUUAGCAUGGACUCCUGUACUUCUGGUCCUGAUGGUGCCUUCAGCCCCCUGGUGAGGCUACUGAGCCAUGCUCCCUCCAGCCCCAUGACCUACCCCCCACCCACGCCCAAAUGGAGGGAAUGGACUCUCCCUACAUCACACAGACUGCCUAUGCCAGACUGGACCAUCUAGAGGACCUAGGGGCCAGCCAAGGGGAAGAGGUUCUUUUCCAAACUUGGACUGAUUUAAAACCUCCCUCAUCUCUUCAGUCAUUUCCUCUGUGAUUUGGUUUUUGAGUUGUUUUUUUGUUUUGGUUUUUUGGUUUUUGGCUUUGAGGUUUCCUUUUUGAAUAUAAUUGUACUUUUGUGCUGAACAGUGUGCAGAAGCUGUUACGUAAACGCCGGAUCCUUAGCAAACUUUUAGUUCGUUCGUUUGUUUUUCACACAUGGCUGUCUACCAGCACAGCCAGAGAUCCCGGACGAGCGAGGAGGGGGAGUGUAGGUUCUCUCUCCCUGCAGCUGCCCACGCCAUUGUCCAGACCUGCAGCACCUCCUUCUCCGAUCACCUCCAUCACCCCUUGGCUGUCCAGUAAGUAAAGGCAGUGAAAGCUUGGUCUAGAUAAGUGCAUUGUUUUCUUAUUCACGCAUGGAGAGACGCAAGAGGAGAGGAAGAGAGAAGAAAAAAACGUUUUUUAUAGUGCUGAGAGUCUCGCUAAUUCCAGACUUCCUUUUUGUAUUCCAUGCUACCUUUUAGGAAAACAACACGUGCAAAACAGUGGUGUGUGUCGGUCAGCUGCGUCAGAGGUGUUUUUUUGUUUUUUGGGGGGUUUUUUUUAAUCUUUUGGGUUUUGUUUUUUUUGUGUUGUAUCCUCGUUUGUUUUGAAUCUGGUUAUUUUGUGGCCGGGCGUGACUCUUGACGCCCAAGUACGGCUGCUGGAGCUCUGUGUAGGUGUGUAGGGCGUAGUCUAGAGAGGUGGAGCGCCACUGUAGUUCUCAGUCACAUUGUUAGACAAAGACAAAGACCAGUCUGUGACGAGUCAUGGUGACAGCUGAA